ACAUUUCAAAAUCACGACGCGAGCGCGAGAGAGAGCAAAUCGCAGUCUAGCUGUAGGUGCGGGUGUUCUGUUUUCUUGCGUAGUAUUCACUUUCCGGCGAUAUUUGGAGCCCCACGGGAUGAUUUCGGAUUGACCAACAGAAGCCGUAAUAGUGAGAACAAGCCGCCACAGCCAUGGAGGUCGACGGCGAGACGCAGAUCGAGGAGCUGGAGUGCGACAUCCGAACGUUGCGAAAGCAGCUCAAAGCGAAGGUUCAACAGCUGAAGACCUUGAAAAAACAUUUUCAGAAAAACUGCAUCAACAAAUUGAACAACAAUGAAAUCGCUCGCUACAGUCGCCAGAUCAUUCUGUCCGAAAUCGGCGUCCAGGGCCAGCUGAAGUUGAAGCGAUCUUCCGUUCUGGUAGUCGGUGCCGGUGGACUUGGCUGUCCCUCGGCACUCUAUCUGGCCGGAGCGGGGAUCGGUCGGAUUGGCAUUCUGGACUACGAUGAAGUCGAACUGACCAACCUGCACCGGCAGCUGCUGCACACGGAAUGCUCCGUGGGCCUCACGAAAGUCGAAUCCGUUCGGUCGUAUCUGGAGGAACUCAACUCACAGAUCGAAAUCGUAACGCAUCAUAUCCAGUUGAGCAGCGAUAACGCCUUGCAGACUCUAGAGUCGUACGACAUAGUGGUGGAUGCUACGGACAACGUGGCCACCCGAUAUCUACUGAACGACGCUUGUGUCCUAUUGAAGAAACCUUUGGUUUCCGGCAGUGCCUUACAGCUGGAAGGACAGCUAACGGUGUACAACUUUAACGGGGGACCAUGUUACCGAUGUUUGUUCCCGAAUCCACCUCCACCGGAAACGGUGACAAACUGUGGCGAUGGAGGUGUCCUUGGAGCAAUCACCGGAGUUAUCGGAGCGCUGCAAGCCCUCGAAACUAUCAAAAUCAUCCUCGGCAACUCGGGAGUCCUUUCCGGACGGCUACUACUAUUCGACGGCCACCAGAGCACCUUCAGAAACCUGAAACUGCGACCGAAGAAGGCCGACUGCGCGGUCUGUUCCGACAAUCCCUCCCUCACCCAGCUGAUAGACUACGAGCAGUUUUGCAGCAUGAAAGCCACCGAUAAGGACUCGCAUCUCAACCUCCUGGCGCCGCACGAACGCAUCACCGUGCAAGAAUACAAAAGCCUUGCUGAAAGCAACGUGCCUCAUCUUCUCGUAGACGUGCGGGGUGCAAAUCAGUUCGAAAUCUGCCAACUUCCCACAUCGAUAAACGUUCCCAUCGAUGACAUUCUGAAGAACCGACGGACGACCGAAGUGACGCAACUGGCCGCGACUGGAGGUCCCGUAUUUGUCGUGUGUCGUCGAGGUAACGAUUCGCAGCUGGCCGUGCGUCAUCUGUCGGUACUGUUUCAGGAGCAAGGGUUGGCACCGCCGCGGGACAUUGUCGGAGGAUUGCACGCCUGGACGCACAAUAUCGAUCCGGAAUUUCCUAUCUAUUGAAUAUCGGGUUGGGGAGAAUAUAUAUGUACAGCGAAAUGUACGAAAAAGUUAA